UUUUACUCAAUACCGCCUAGUUUUAAAAUGGCCAACGCGCAGAGAAAAUACAGUUUGCGGGCCUGCCAAAAGAGCCGGACUGCGGCCACUUCUCUCAGACUCCUUCCGCAUUUUCCUGCGGCUCCGAGGCUGUGACGUGCGCCUCUGAAGGCGGCGUAAUCUCCGGCGGAGCUGGAGGCUGCAGCGCCGCGGAGCGCAUCAGACUCGGCCCCUCCCCUCCGCGCUCUGCGGCGGCCCGCCCUGCUCACACAAGAGCCCCGUCUGCGUUCUGCCCGAGUCUGGGGGUGGGAGAAGGAAACCCGUACGGCCUUGGAAACGAAACAAAAAAAUACAAACGGUCUUAUAUUAUGCAGAUGACCAGUGGAGACAAUGGAUGAAGAUGUAACGGCUCUCUCUCUCCAUUCCCAUGAGCCCAAGAUCAUAUUCCAUGGGACAGAGGUUGAUGGAGAAGACGAGGUGGUGGUUGAACUGCAGGAGUCGGUUCUCGUGUCUGAUGUGGAGGGUGAGAAGAUCACGGUGCACGGCCUCGCCCAUGAGGAGCUGGUCAUCCAGGAGGCCAUCGAGGAUGUGGUGGCGGAGUACGUGCCAUGCACAGAUGAAGACGAAGAGCUGGGCACUAUUGCUGUGGAGACCUGUGUGAUGUCACCCGAUGAAGUGGCUCUGGAGGAAGAAGGACUGGAGGUUGAUGUGGUGACUGACGCUCAGGUACAGGAGGAUCCUGACACCUGUGGAGACUACCUCAUGAUCUCUUUGGAUGAGGCUGGAAAGGUGGUUUCCGAUGAGGAUGCGAAAGUUACUAUUGAGGGCACUUUAGAAGACCCAGAGGAUGUGGAGAAGGAGGAUGAGGGUCAAGAGGUCAUCAAAGUGUACAUCAUCAAGGCUCACCCAGAGGAGGAGGGCUUGGGAGGCACUGUUGACAUAGGAGACACUGAGCUUGAUGUAGAUGAAACCGUGGAGCUGGUAGAUCCUUCUGGAAUGCCGAUAAGAGAAAAGAUGGUGUACAUGUCAAUGGAUGAAGCCAAUCAAAACCAGGAUGAUAUCAAUGUGGCUAAAAUCACAGAUGAGGUCUACAUGGAAGUGGUGGUAGGGGGUGAGGACCCUGGCAGUGCUCAGCGGACACUUGACAGUGCAUCGCUCGGCAAGGACUUCAUGCCUGUGGCUUGGGCAGCUGCUUACGGUGGGGAGGAGAGUGAAAGCUGUGAGAACAGGAAUGGAGCAGCUAGUGCUUUACUGCAUGUUGAUGAGUCUGAUAUGAUCGAAAGGCUCAGCCGUCAGCGAAGCAAGAACAGGAGCAAAAAACGUUCUGAACUUCGUCAUGUUCACACAGCAAUCAUCAUUGGACCUUACGGCCAGCCUCUUACGGUGUACCCUUGUAUGCUAUGUGGGAAGAAGUUCAAGUCUCGUGGUUUCCUCAAGCGCCACGCCAAGAAUCACCAUCAGGAUGUCGUAAACCGAAAGAAAUACCAGUGUACGGACUGUGAUUUCACCACUAACAAAAAAGCCAGUCUCCACAACCACAUGGAGAUCCACACCCUCAGCAGUAAAGCACCAUUUGAGUGUGAAGUCUGCGGAAAAGAGUUCCACCAGCAGGCGGCGCUGUUCUCUCACCGUCUGCAGCACCACCACCGAGAAUCCAAGCUUCAGAUCCCACCACCCACCACCAAAAUGCACAAUUGCAAGUUCUGCGAAUACGAGACGGCAGAACAAGGACUUCUAAACCGACACCUACUCGCCGUUCAUAGCAAGAAUUUCCCGCAUAUCUGCGUGGAGUGUGGGAAGGGUUUCCGGCAUCCUUCAGAGCUGAAAAAACACAUGAGAACCCACACCGGUGAGAAACCGUAUUCCUGCCAUUACUGCGACUACAAAUCAGCCGACUCGUCCAACUUAAAGACACACGUGAAGACCAAGCAUAGCAAAGAGAUGCCCUACAAGUGUGAGCGCUGUUUCCAGACGUUUGCCGAACCCGACGAGCUGUUACAACACGGCCUGACACACGAGGAAGCCAAAACGCACCAGUGCACCCACUGUGACCAUAAAAGCUCCAAUUCCAGUGACCUGAAGCGCCACAUCAUUUCAGUUCACACCAAAGACUAUCCACAUAAAUGUGAAGUCUGUGGAAAAGGCUUCCACCGGCCGUCGGAGCUCAAAAAGCACUCGGCUGCCCAUAAGGCUAAGAAGUUACACCAGUGCAGGCAUUGCAAUUUCAAAAUCGCUGAUCCAUUUGUUCUCAGCCGGCAUAUUUUGUCCGUGCACACCAAGGAGCAGCAGGCCUUUCCUGACAAAAAGGCUCUUAAGAAGACAUUUAGACUCAGUGCUCAUGGAGGUAAGAAAAUUUUGGGCGGCGCCGGUCUGUCCAAGGGCCACCGGGAACGCCGGGUUUAUCAAUGCCAGUAUUGCGACUACAGCACGGGCGACGCGUCUGGUUUCAAGAGGCACGUGAUCUCCAUUCACACCAAAGACUAUCCUCACCGAUGUGACUUCUGCUCGAAAGGUUUCCGCAGACCGUCGGAGAAGAAUCAGCACAUUGUGCGGCAUCAUAAAGAUCUAAUGCCUACUAUGUGACCUUUGCAAUCAGAAACCCAUUAGGAAAAGCUCUGUUCUGAUGUAACUGUGGUCUUCAGGGCCAAAAGCCAACUAGAGGCUUUUUUUGGAUCCCUGAUGGUACAGGCUGAAAGUGCAAGGAAAUACAGAAAAAAACAACCAUCUCUUGUGUCCAGUUGCAAGUUACACUGCUGUAAAGUUCAAGUCAAUGUUCUGAAGAUACAUUCUUUUAAAGUUGAAUCAACCUUUCUUGAGUCUAAAUCUGCUGAUGAGCUUUAGAUUAAUUGCGAAAAUAGAUCAACUUGCGUACUAAUCCAUCAAGGGUGGACGACAUGCAUACUUGUGUAGUUUUAUGUUGGAGCGUCGGGUUAUAAAUUUGAAUUAUGACUCCUGUAUUGCAUGUUACACAAAACAACAGCUUUGGUGAUUGUGGCGUGUUUGUGCACAUGCGUUUACAAGUACAAAAGUUUUGGGAAUAAGGCCUUGAAGAAGUCCGUUGUCUUUAAACUACGGUGCUAAUGCUUUAUCGACUGGUAUCUUCGCUUCAGACGAGCAGAAUGUCUAAUUCUAGAGAACUGAAAAACUCGACUUAUGCCGUGGCUGCUAAAAAUUUGUUUUAAUUUGAGGGGAAAAAAUGGCUGUUCAGACCAGAUAGGCUUUUGGGAAACCCAUCUUUCGUUUUGGUUCUCUAACCGAAAUGCAUCGACAACACUGGUGCAUUAAUUUACUAAGAGCUGUUAUUUAAGACAAUGAAUUUAUAAUGUAGGACAGGGUUUCUUGGUAAUAUUUCCAAUAAAUUAUAUUGCAAAUAGUACUCCAAUCACAAGAGAUCUUCAGGUUUAAUCAGAGUGUGCAGACAUUAAAUCAGGCCGAAUGGCUGGUUCUCUAAAUUUGUUUUAAUUUAGACGCUAGUUUGUGUAUUUCUUGAAUGUGGCCAUUUGGCUUUUGGUCUGUUGUAAAACUCACCCUCAAAUUAUUAUUAUUAUUAUUAUUAUUCAGAUGU